CUGCCUGGCAAACAGCAACGCGAGUUCAGGUCAUCAGGUUUCAGGUGUCCAUCCAACCUUCUGUCGUCUCCGGGUGCUCCGGGCCAGUCGUCGACGGCGAGCCGUACGUAUAUUAUUACCCCCAGGCGAAACCCAAAGAGAACCCGUACCAACCCAAACAAAACCACACACCACCUCCUCGCCGGCUCGUCAUCGCCAUCGCCAUCGUCAUCGCCAUCGCCAUCGUUUCAUUGCGAGUCUCCGUUUCAUCUCGCCCCCUCACCCCCACACACACUGGAAUCCCCGCGUCUGAAUCCGGCGCCCCCGCCCCGAUCCGCGCCGAAUCGCCGCCGCUCGGGGUGGAACCCUAGCCCGAUCUCGAUCCGUUUCUCCGCGAUGGGCGCCGGCCGUGUCUGUCGCGGCGGCCCCUCCUCCGCCUCCCCCGCCGCAGGGCGGCCGUUCUCGACGCUCGCCGCGUCGUCCUCCGCCUCCCCUUCCUCGGCUCCUUCAGAGACGGCGUCCACGUCGGUCACCAAGACGGUGAACGGCUCCCACCACUUCAAAAUCGCGGGCUACUCUCUCUCCAAGGGAAUCGGGGUGGGGAAGUUCAUCGCUUCCGAGUCCUUCAACGUGGGGGGAUUCGACUGGGCGAUCUACUUCUACCCCGACGGGAAGAGCGCCGAGGACGGCGCUGCCUACGUCUCGCUCUUCAUAGCCCUCGCCAGCGAGGGCACCGAUGUGCGCGCGCUGUUCGAGCUCACGCUCGUCGACCAGAGCGGCAAGGGUCAGGAUAAGGUGCAUACCCACUUCGGGAGGUCGCUCGAGAGCGGCCCAUACACCCUCAAGUACCGCGGCAGCAUGUGGGGCUACAAGCGUUUCUUCAAACGAACUGCCCUAGAAACAUCAGACUAUCUUAAAGAUGAUUGCCUUUUAGUGAACUGCACUGUUGGCGUUGUUCAAUCACAUACUGAAGGACCAAAGAUAUACACAAUUCCAGUACCGCGGUCCAACAUGGCUCUACAUAUUGGUCAGCUAUUGACAAGUGGAAAGAGGACAGACAUUGCAUUCGAAGUUGAUGGAGAGAUGUUUCCUGCCCACAAGGUGAUUCUUUCAGCCCGGUCUCCUGUUUUUAGGGCACAACUUUUUGGCCCAAUGAAGGAUAAGGACAUGAAGUGUAUAAAGAUUGAAGACAUGGAGGCUCCAGUAUUCAAGGCCUUGCUCCAUUUCAUGUAUUGGGAUGAGUUGCCGGAUAUUGAAGAGCUUACUGGUGUAAAUACAACUUGGGUAUCCACCUUGAUGGCUCAACAUUUACUAGCUGCUGCAGACCGUUAUGCAUUGGAGAGAUUGAAAUUGCUCUGUGAACUUAAGCUGUGUGAAGAUGUUGCAAUAAAUACAGUGGCAAAUACUUUGGCACUGGCUGAACAGCACCACUGUUAUCAGCUAAAAACUGUUUGCUUGAAAUUUGUAGCUCUGCCUGAAAAUUUGAAAGCUGUCAUGCAAACCGAUGGGUUUGAUUAUUUGCAACAAAGCUGCCCAUCCCUCCUGACCGAGCUUCUCGAGUAUGUGGCCAAGGCAGGAGAGCACUCCGUGAGCCCCUGCUUGUAUUCAACUGAAGUCCUUGACGGUGGUGAUGCCAAUGGGCGACGCGUGAAACCAAGGAUCUAACGGUUGGAAGAGGAGUUCCUCGUGCCCAUUUUAAGUUGUAAAGUGUUUCGAAUGACGGGUGCUUAUGUGGCCGUGCCAUAUCAUGCAUGUUGUAGCGUGUGGGUUUGUGUGUGUGUUGUGACUUCCAUCCCUCUCCCCAGCCGUAUUGAUGGUACUGUAGAGGGUGUUAUCGCUAAUAUAUACCCUACUGACUUAUGUAUUGCAUCGCUGUUUCAAAGCAGUCUGUCAUCAUAAGUGCACACAGGUGGAAUAGGGCGAGGAUGGUCUGGUGCAAAGGUGAAAUAAUGGCACAGACUGUGUAUGUGUGUGUCCUGUUUUUCAGAAGUUUUACCUUGCGGUAGGCCAGAUUUGUCGAUUCUUAGUCGUCUGUAUUUGGCUGUAUUCAAUUGAAAUUGUGAAAUGUAUCAGUUGAAGUUAUGCGU